AUGAACGGCCCUCACAGCAACCCGUCGAGUCGCGGGGUUCCCCUUGUGGAGGCCAGUGCGAACGCCCAGUUCGUAAGCAAUUCGAUAUCACCAGCGCCAGGAGAACAAAAUCGGUCGGAGGAAAUUCAGGUCCCACGAUCUCCUCAGCAACUUUCCUUGCAGCUAAAUGGGUCGGACGCCGGGUCGCAUGAGAAGGACAAUUCGAAUACCUACGUUGAAUCAUCAGAACGCGGCAGCGAUACAUCGGGCGACAGUCGGCGACCGGAGCUGCAGUCUGCCAGUAAUUUUACGGAUUCUUUGCCGAGUCUACCAUCAUCCUCAUUAAACGAUUCCAACCGAUAUAUGGAAGAUAAUCUGCGCACGUUGGAUUCGGAUUCAUCAACACCCACAACGGAACAGAGGAUCCCGCAUUCUCAGGAGACUUCGAAUUCACUUUCAGUGAAUGGAAAUGUAGGGUUGAAUGGCUCUCAUGCAGAUGUAAAGCUGGAGAAGGAAAGCGAAGACUCGUUAGGGCCGUUGCGCUCACCGAGGCAAUCAAGCCCGCGGACCGGGGCGGGGAAAUUUACGCCGGGCCAUAAGAGAACGGCUACUGGGGAUAUCAAGCCUAUCUCGUCCAAUUUGGCAGCCUCCCAAAACUCCGAUGCUAGUGGGGCUACACGCCGGCGGUCAAAGAGCACAGGCUCGCCGGCCCAUGGAACUAGGAUUGCACAGUUAUCGGUUCAUAUUCGAACCCGACUUUCAUAUGCGGCUGCCAAAAUAGAAAAAGCCCGCCAAUCGCGUGAAUUUGCGGAACUUCCACUGCGCGGGCUUGCAACACUCUCUACACUGAGCUCACCAGCACCGAACGGUGUCAUAUCAUCAACGGCCUCAAACCCGACACCUCCACCUGGUCUUAGACCAUCACCGACAGACACACCCCGCCCUUUUCACUCUCAUCACCGCUCACAGUCAGCAAUACCAUCUGGCAAACUUCUUGCCAUCCCCAAGCUAGCACCUCCCGUUGACAUUAUCUCAUCCAAUGGGGAUACUCGUCGUCGACGACCUAACCCCAAUUUGGCCUCAAAAUCUUUUGAGCGGAGUCCAUAUGGCCGCCAUCGACGACAUCAUUCCCAUCAAGAACAUUUGAUCACCCGACCGUUGAACGGCUCCCCAUCUGUAAUGGGACCCGGAACGCCGUCGAUCCCGCCCUACAGACAGGCACCUACAUCCUCACAAGAAGGAUACUACGGAUCCCGAACCCAAUCUCAGAACAGUGCGAUGGAACAAGACGCAAUUGAAACGCUCAUGUUCAUGUCCAGUCCUGAAAACUCCGGAUAUCGCUCCAGUCCCCGGCCUUUACAGCCACCCGCCGCACAAAAGAGUCUGAACGAGUCACUCUAUUCGAAUCAUAAUGAAAGGACAGUCCACAGCCAAAGCUCACAGAGCACAGCAUCUGGAGGGCGAGGGUUCCCUUCGAAGACGCAUGGAUUAGGUCUUGAAGCCGUCGCAGGAGAUGAAAUUGACCGCCUUUUAGACCAGAUGGAAAGUGACAGUGAAGAUGAUGUACGGUAUGCAACGCAUCGUCUUGGGCUCAAGGGAAAUGCUUCUAGAGGGCAUCAUGCACAGUCGAGGUGA